AGCGAAGACGCCGGUGCCAAAACGUUAUAUAUGUUAGGAGAACAAGGGGAGCAACUGGAUCGCAUCGAGGAGGGAAUGGACCAGAUCAACGCCGACAUGAAGGAAGCCGAGAAGAAUCUGACGGGGAUGGAGAAGUGCUGCGGUCUGUGCGUCUUGCCGUGCAACAAAACAUCAUCACAGUUUAAAGAAGAUGAAUCAACUUGGAAGGGGAAGGAGGAUGGUGUAGUGAGCUCCCAGCCACAACGAGUAAUGGACGACCGUAAUGGCUUAGGUGCAUCUGGUGGCUACAUCGGACGCAUCACCAACGAAGCUCGCGAAGACGAGAUGGAAGACAACAUGGGCCAGGUGAACACCAUGAUCGGUAACCUGCGCAACAUGGCUAUUGAUAUGGGCUCCGAGAUAGAAAACCAGAACAGACAAGUUAACAGAAUCAACCUCAAGGCGGGUUCCAACACUGCGAGAGUAAAUAUGGCCAACGAGAGGGCUGGAUCCCUGCUGAAGAACGCAUAAGUAGUGAAGACGCAGGAACCACCACGUCCAGGGCCAGCACACCACCUUCUGGACGCUCUAGACCACAACACAUACCUUGUCUGGGACUUGUCGUACAUCCCAAACUGCGUAUUUAUCAGUAUUACGCUGAACGAUAUCGCAGGGCGUUAUGCUCUUCUUAUCUAUUAAUAUACCCACGUUAGCUAAACGACUAAUACUGGAGGGUCGGCAGUCCCGAGACAACUGCCGACUCUUUGACCGAGUUUGAGGAAAUUUUGAUAGGGAGUCCUCUUAUACACUGGCCCAAAUAUAGUACAGUACAGUACUAGGAAAUAUUGAGCUUCCUGUAGGCAAGACGCUGGCCCCUUGCCUAACGGAACUAAACUGUUAUACUUUUCCCUGUGUAGAGAAUUGAUACUUGUUUUGUUAUUGUUAUAAUGCCAUUUGUUGAUUUUGUAGCUGUAGAAGAGACAUCAUCCAAGACACAUAAAUCAUUUCUUUUAGUCUUAACAUUGGGAAAUCAUUUUAAGUUUCUUUAUCUAUUUCAUUCAUUCAUACUUAACUGCACCAAAAUAAGACUUCAUUAUUUAGUUUUAAACGAAUCAUCUCGAGUUGUGUUAAUAAACUAUCCAGAUAUGAGCAUUUAUUGUAUCAUAUUGAUGUGUGUUGUCACAAGCAACCUUCAGCCUCAGGGGUCUUAAGUGUGGCUGAGUAUUAUUUGUGAUGACACUUGUUAAGAUCAGUCUAGUAGCCUCUUACAGUACAGUAUAGAGAACAUCACCAAUGGUGAGUCUUACACUUUAAUGUGACUUGUUUUCCAACAUUAAUAAUUGAGUCAUGUUAAACUGUAAGUCCAAGCUCACAUUGGCCUUUCUCAUCUCAGAUACAUCAGACCUACAAUACUAUACUAUAGUAGUUUGGCCCUUAUAGUUCCAACUAACCACAAAUUAUUGUCUUUGCCCGAGACAGAAUGAUAUCUGUGGCUUGCUUCGUUCUCCUUACUCUUGUCAACGUGGGGGACUCUGUGUUUCAGUGGCAGGCAAGGUGUGUAAAGUGACCACUUGGUGCCUCCUGUGAUUCACUUCCUCAUAUUAAUGUUUGCCAAUAUCUGGCUAAAGUGUUCAUUACAAACUGUUCUCUUUACCUUCAUAAGAACACUUCUUAAACAUAGUCAGUUUCUACAUCAAGGAGGUGUGUACUUAACUUAAUGUAUAUAAAACUGGACUUAAUAUUUAUUCUCUCUUCAUUGAGAAAGUUGAUGCAUUUAUCUUCAUCAAGUUGGUCCUCUUGUCUUGCCACCAAGGUACUCUUAUUCAGUACUGGAGCCUGACCCUCCACAUCCUCUCCUAGUUUCAAAGUACAGUAUACAUUUUGGCAAUAUAGGACUACAUAUGUAAGUCAAAUUGGGGUAAAUUUUAUUGUAGACACUGGAUUGUAAGGUGUUGGAGAAACAUAAUUAUGAGAUUAACAAAUUAAAAUUUGUGCAAAACUAAUGCAGGUUUUUAUAAUUUUUUGAUACCAAAUUUGGUGACCCAGGAAUACUGUGGCUAAGGAACAGUUAUACUGUUGUAUCUUGAAUGACUUUAGUUUAUCCUCUUUUAUUUUACUGAACCAAACAUUUAGAUAAAUAAUUUUUCCUCCUAAGGUUUUACAUUAUUGAACACUCAAUUAUUUUAUUGUUUUGUAACAUAAGGGAUCAAAACUAGACCAUAGCCAGGUAGUGUCUGGGCCACCAUUACUCUUAAUGUUACAAAAUAUGAUUCAAAUAAAUCGUCAUCUUCUGCCUCCAUUGAUAAUAAGGCUUUUUUGUAGCUAUCGACGCGGAAAACCUCCUCGGGGUUAUACUGAAGCCAGUCCUCGGUACUUUGGUUGGUUCUUGUAGGUUAAUAUUUGAGUUGGGAAGGUUCCUCAUGUGGGAUGUGUAAACAGCUUUAGUGCAUGUCACCGACUCACUCACUUGUGUAGACCGAGUGAAACAUUAGAGGGAUAUUUCUCCUUUUAAUCCCUUCAUUUAUUUACUACUGUUUCUAAGUGUGGUGAGUACAGUGGGUUUGUCAUCUUAUUCAAACUUUAGUUGUAUCACAUUUACAUUUUGAAGUAUUUGUUUGACGAUGAUUCAGGUUGCAUAUUAUCUCCUGGUUUUUUAGUCUACAAAUUCACCGUUGUUAUUACAAAACUUAUCAGUAUUAGGGCUAAGGAUCGGCUCGACUAUUUUAUGUACCCGUUAAGAUUGGUGUAGAUUUUGUACAGUCAGGUGUUGCCUAACUGUAACACAUGGUUGUAAGCUGUGAUACUCUACCUUGGUUUGAAGUAACAUGUUAGGUCAUAUCAAAACUAAUAAAAGUGGUAAGAUUUUGGUAGAACAUUUUCUUAGUACUUUUUGCAUGGCAUUUUCUGUAGGUUGAGAAUCUUUCUUUUAUAGUACGUUUUUUUAGCAAGUGAUAUAGUCCACAGCUAAUUUUAAUAUUGUGAUAAGUCACAGUGCAGUUGUGUACAACCUAUUGAAAAAAUGCUCCACAAAUGUGCAUGCCGUGGGACACUAAAAUUUUAACAUUGAUUGGUUGCAGAGCUUGGUUGUUGUCGUUGCAACUUUCUAUAUCUUAUCCACAUGCCACCUAUAUUGAUUUGAAUCCCACUAGUUACUGAGCAAUGAGAAUACGGUAGCAUUGAUAAUAGGUUGCAUUUGAGGUACAGUAUGUCCGUAGAGCAAGGUCUGUGCCGGAAUGAACCGUAGUCGUCUUUAUGACGCGAGAGCAGAACGGCUCGAGUCAUCGCGAUGUGAAGGCGACAACAGUUCAUAAGUUGGAGUUAUCUUGUUCUACUUGUGUUAAGUAAUACCAAACAUAUUGAAAAUUUUGUAAGCUCACGGGCGAGGCAGUUGUAAAUCUCGAUGGUUUACAAGUGUAGAACGGCGUUCAUUUUGUUGACUGGAGAUGCCUUUUAAAUAAAUAUAAAAGUAUCCUAUGGUUGAGCAUAGGAGUAAACUAACCACAGCACAAUAUGGUGGCAUAUCUAGUACUUAGUCAUAGAUCUUCAUGUCCUUUUAUAUUGUCAUUUGUGUCUUAGUGGUUUGUAAGCAGCAGAGAAGAGGCCCACCCAAUUAUUUUCCUGUGUAUCUUCUCUCAGUGUUGGUUCAUCCCCAGGAGAGUGGAAGGGGACUUAUUAAUGGAGUCAUGGAGCAGUCUAAUGUACUUUUUUUUAUACGUAGAAAAAUUAACCGGUGUGACAACUUUGGGGGCAGUGCAUCGUGAUGGCCGGUCGAUGCUACGCGGCUUCUCCCCGAAGACGGUAGAGGUUUCCGUUUUCUAUAUUUUGUAUUAUUCGUUGUCUAAAAAUUGAUGGCGUCACAUCGGAAAAUGUUAAGAGGAACCGAGGGAGUAGACCAUUGGCUCUGGCCGGGCCGUCGUCGGUUGUUAUGCAUAAUAUAAGAGGUCCUCCCCCACUGGUGUCUGUAACCGUGCACUGCCCCUACACUCUCACACCACUGGACUGCUCCUUCUCUCCUGCCACAACUUUUUUCUCUUCAUGCUCCCCUCUGGAAUAUUGUUUAUCAUCAUACAGUAUUGGCUCCUCUGCUCCUCGUUGUUACUGGUCUUGUGGGUGUACCGCCGUUGGCCCAUUUAUCUCGUAGCAGUCGAUUGAACCGGACAGUAAUUGCUGCAGGAUACGUGAUUUUUACUUUGUAAUUCCCCCCAAAAUACAUUGACCGGUGAUGCGACGUCUGUGUGAGAUAAUACGCUCAUUCAUUUGUACCUUUAGGAUUAAAAUAUUAACAUAGGGAUCUGAAUCAGAGAAGUAGUGGUUUUGAUGCAGGGCUGAACACUGAGUUUAUUAUAAAGUCAACUCUGCCGGUAAUAUCUUUCUCUCUCUCUCUUGCUCUCCAGACACCUUAAUAAGAGUAUAAGUAGGUAGAGGGAAAAAUAAGGCUAAAUUGUAUAAGUAAUUUUUUCCUGGAUUUCUCAUAGGGGAGCAUUCAUUAUAGUACAGUACAUACGUAUCAUUUAAUAAAGAUGUAAACCAUUAA